UCUCGCGAAGCAGAGCUUCCCGAUCAACAUUUAUAUAACCCGAUGAGGCGGCGCCCGGGCGAGGUCACGCGAGCGCGACUGGAGACAGUACGGCGGCGGCGAGCGAGAUGACGGACGGCCACCACUUCAACAACAUCUCCCUCGGCGGCCGCGGCGGCUUCAACCCUGGACAGUUUAAACUUAGUUCAGGAGGACUUGCGUGGAAGAAGCAAGGUGGAGGAAAGAUUAUCGAGGUUGAUAAAGCUGAUAUCACUUCAGUAGCAUGGAUGAGGAUCCCAAAAUCUUUUCAGCUUAAUGUUGUGACGAAGGAAGGCCUAUUUUACAGGUUCCUUGGCUUUCGUCAACAGGAUGUUAGCAUCCUGAGUGACUUUAUACAAAAAGGCACGGGAAUCUCACCACAGGAGAAGCAGCUUUCCAUUAGUGGGCAUAACUGGGGUGGAGUUGAAAUCUAUGGUCAGCUAAACUUUCUAUUGCAUUUAAAUGUUUCCUAUACUCUAUUGCUUUCAUAUAACCUCUGGUUUUAUUCCUUUUCCUAUUUUCUUUCCAUUUCAGGAACUAGGCUUUGCUUUAAUGUUGGUGAGAAGGAAGCAUUUGAAGUCUCUCUAGCAGAUGUAUCACAGGCUCAGAUGCAAGGGAAAACAGAUGUUCUCGAGUUCCAUGUAGAUGAUACUACUGCAGCUAAUGAGAAGGGUUUGCUGAUGGACUUAAGUUUUCAUGUACCAACUUCAAAUGCUCAAUUUAUCGGGGAUGAGCAUCGUACUUCAGCUCAGAUGUUGUGCCAGGAGAUUUUGCAUAGAGCUGAUGGUGGGAGCCCCUCAGAAGCGGCUGUAGUUACAUUUGAAGGAAUUGCAAUCCUCACACCAAGAGGUCGAUACAGUGUUGAGCUUCAUCAGUCAUUCUUGCGACUCCAAGGACAAGCUAAUGAUUUCAAAAUCCAGUAUAGCAGUAUUCUUCGCCUCUUUAUUUUGCCAAAGUCACAAAAUCCUCAUACUUUUGUGGUUAUCGCACUUGAUCUACCAAUUCGAAAAGGACAAACAUUGUAUCCCCACAUUGUUAUUCAGUUUGAGACAGAGGCAAUUGUAGAAAGGGAGCUGGGAUUGAGUGAGCAAGUUUUGGCUGAAAAGUACAAAGAUAGGCUUAAGGGCUCUUACAGGGAUCAAAUACAUGUGGUAUUCUCCAACGUCCUUUGUGGCCUAUCUGGUGCUAAAGUGACUAGGCCAAGUACGUUCCGCAGUUGCCAACAUGGAUAUGCGGUCAAAUCAGCACUUAAAGCUGAAGAUGGUUUGCUUUAUCCACUUGAAAAGGCCUUCUUCUUUCUGCCAAAGCCCCCAACACUCAUUCUUUAUGAGGAGAUUGAAUAUGUAUUGUUUGAGCGUCAUGGUGCCGGUGGUGUUAAUAUAUCAUUCCAGUAUUUUGACCUCUUGGUCAAGCUGAAAAAUGAUCAAGAACAUCUCUUCAGUAACAUCCAAAGGAUUGAAUACCAAAACCUGUUCAGCUUCAUUAGUGACAAGCAUUUGAAAAUUCUGAAUCUUGGAGAUGGCCAAAGGAGAAAUGGUGGUGUUACAGCUGUUAUAGAGAGCACCGAUGAUGAUUCUGUGGAUCCACAUCUGGAGCGAAUUAAAAAUCAAGCUUGUAAUGAGGAAAGUGAUGAAGAGGAUGAAGAUUUUGUGGCGGACAAAGACGAUAGUGGGUCUCCUAGUGAUGAUUCUGAAGAGGAAGACUUUGAUGCUAGUAUGAGCGGAGGUGAAAAGGAGAAUUCUUCCAAGAUGGAAGCUAGUAUCUCAAAGCCGCGUGUGAAAAGGAAGCUGAAUAGUGGGUCUGAUGAAGGUUCUCAGAAUAAAAAACCAAAGAGAAAGAAAGAGCAGAAGAGUGGGGUCGAUGAAGGUUCUAAAAAGAAAAAGGCAAAAAGGAAGAAAGAUCCGAAUGCCCCUAAAAGAGCCAUGGUUCCAUUCAUGUACUUCUCGAAGGCUGAGCGAGCUAAUAUAAAGAAUAGCAACCCUCAACUGACUACCACAGACAUUGCAAAGAAGCUCGGGGAAAGAUGGCAAAAGAUGACAGCCGAGGAGAGACAGCCAUACUUGGAGCAAUCCCGAGCCGACAAGGAACGUUACGAGCAGGAGUCUGCCGCCUACCGUGGUGCAGCAGCUCAGCAGGGCCCCGGCGACGGGUCGGAAGGAAGGUUAUAGGUAUUGACAGUUGAUAGAAGGAACUGGGAUUGUCGAGCGAUCAGUGUAAAUAGGACGGGAAAAUUAUCUUAGCUUUUAAGUGUUGCAUGCAAUCUUUCUUAGCCAGUGUCACUAGUAAUAUGCAUGUAUUGCCUGGAGUAUCUUAUAAUCUGCCGUAAAGAGUGUAGAUCGAUCAAGAUUCAAGAACAGUAUAGAAGUAAUCCCUCGUAUACUCAUAAGUCAUUAGUCAUCUAAUGGUGCGAGCACAAAAGUGCCGCAUUGUACAUGUAGACUCGGUUGAAAACUUCGCAUUGAGAAAAUCCAUUUCGGAAAAAAGAACCUCAACCAA